AUGAAUAAUUCAAAGUGUUAAUCUUGCAACAAAAACAUAGCCAUUCUCAAUUGCAUGACCUGUUCUCUUAUUAUGUGUUACUUCUGUGAUGAGAAACUACAUGCAGACAAGGAAAACCAUAUUACAACAACUUUGCCAUUUGCCUCCUAACAUCCAACUUAAUCAAAUCAAUCUCAUCUAAAUCAAACUAUCCACUAGAAAAGACUAGAGCUAUAGGAACUAAAAGAUAAAGAAUAAAAAAUGGCUAAGAUUUACCAAGAGAAAAUGCUACAUGCUUAAAAGAAAUAUGAGCAGCAGAUUAAUGCACUUGAAGAGAGAUUAUAAUCAGCAUCACAAUUCAUGAAUUAAGUGUAGGAUCAAGUUGAAGAGAUCGAUGUUGAUAAAAUGCAAAAUGAAUUGGAAGGUUUGGAUAAGAGUUUGAAAUUGGAUAUCAAAAAGGCUGAAUAAGAAUAAGCUAUUCUUUUGGAAAAAUCAAAAAACUCUGAUUAGCUUAUUAGCAAAUUACAAAAAGCAACUGAAAUUGAACAUAAACAAAUUUUAAAAAUGAAUGAAGUUUUAGCAGUAUUUAAAGCUUGUUCAGAGUAAUUGCAAAAAGAAAAAGAUCUAUUAAUGUUGGAUAAUGAAAAACUAGUUGGGGAAGUAGAAAUAUUUGCUAAAUUUAUGGCUGAGAAUGGGCCCCUCUUGGAAGAAAUAGGUAAAGUUUAAAAUGAAUAAUAAUAAUAAUAAUAGUAAUAAUAAUAAUGA